AUGGAAGCUGCUAUAUGGCAAGCACUUAAUCAUUAUGCUUAUCGAGAUGCAGUGUUUCUGGCAGAAAGACUAUAUGCAGAAGUACACUCAGAGGAAGCCCUGUUUUUGCUGGCAACAUGUUACUACCGCUCAGGAAAGGCAUAUAAAGCAUACAGGCUCCUAAAGGGACAUAGCUGUACCACCCCACAAUGUAAAUAUCUGCUGGCAAAGUGUUGUGUCGACCUCAGCAAGGUGGCAGAAGGGGAGCAGAUCUUAUCUGGUGGAGUGUUAAAUAAGCAGAAAAGCCAUGAUGAUGUUGUUACGGAGUUUGGUGAUUCUGCAUGCUUCACCCUCUCGUUACUGGGACAUGUAUACUGCAAAACAGACCGGCUUGCCAAAGGAUCUGAAUGUUACCAAAAGAGCCUUAGUUUAAAUCCUUUUCUCUGGUCCCCUUUUGAAUCGCUGUGUGAAAUAGGUGAGAAGCCAGAUCCUGACCAAACAUUUAAAUUAACGUCUUUGCAGAACUUCAGUAGUUGCCUGCCCAACACUUGCACAACAUUGGUGUCUAAUCACAACAUAUCCCACAGACAGCCUGAGACUGUCCUUAUGGAAACUCCACAAGACACAAUUGAGUUGAACAGACUCAACCUGGAAUCCUCCAAUUCAAAAUAUUCCUCCUUGAACACAGAUUCCUCUAUGUCUUACAUUGACUCGGCUGUAAUUUCACCAGAUGCUAUCCCUCUUGGAUCAGGAACUGCCAUAUUGUCUAAACAGGCUCAAAAUAAACCAAAAACUGGUCGGAGUUUACUGGGAGGACCAGCUGCUCUGAGCCCAUUGACACCAAGUUUUGGAAUUUUGCCACUAGAAACCCCUAGCCCUGGAGAUGGAUCAUAUUUACAAAACUACACUAAUUCAUCUUCUGUAAUUGAUGUGCCAUCUACAGGAGCCCCUUCAAAGAAGUCUGUCACCAGGAUAAGCCAAGCGGCAACAAAGUCAGUUUUCUCACAGAGUGGAAAUAGCCGGGAAGUCACUCCAGUCCUUGUUGCACAAACACAGAGUUCUGGCCCACAGACAAGUACAACACCUCAGGUACUGAGCCCAACCAUUGCUGCUCCACCUAAUGCACUGCCUCGAAGAAGUUCUCGCCUAUUUACUAGUGAUAGCUCUACGACAAAGGAGAACAGUAAAAAGUUGAAAAUGAAGUUCCCACCUAAAAUUCCAAACAGAAAGACAAAAAGUAAAACAAAUAAGGGAGGAAUAACUCAGACAAACAUAAACGAUAGUUUGGAGAUCACCAAACUGGACUCGUCCAUCAUCUCAGAAGGGAAAAUCUCCACUGUCGCACCACAGAUCCAGGCUUUCACACUACAGAAAGCAGCAGCAGAAGGAUUGAUGAGCCUUCUUCGUGACAUGGGGAAAGGUUAUUUAGCCUUGUGUUCGUACAACUGUAAGGAAGCGAUAAACAUAUUAAGCCAUUUACCUUCUCACCACUACAACACUGGCUGGGUGCUGUGCCAAAUUGGGAGAGCUUACUUUGAGCUUGCAGAAUAUAUGCAGGCGGAGAGGAUAUUCUCUGAAGUAAGACGGAUUGAAAACUACAGAGUUGAAGGCAUGGAGAUUUACUCUACAACGCUAUGGCAUCUUCAGAAGGAUGUUGCACUUUCAGUCCUAUCAAAAGAUUUAACAGACAUGGAUAAAAAUUCACCAGAGGCGUGGUGUGCUGCAGGAAACUGUUUCAGCUUGCAACGGGAGCAUGACAUUGCAAUCAAGUUCUUCCAGAGAGCCAUUCAAGUUGAUCCAAACUAUGCGUAUGCCUAUACUCUCCUGGGGCAUGAAUUUGUGUUAACUGAAGAACUAGACAAAGCAUUAGCCUGUUUUAGAAAUGCAAUCCGAGUCAAUCCUAGACAUUAUAAUGCAUGGUAUGGGUUGGGAAUGAUUUAUUACAAACAGGAGAAAUUCAGCCUAGCAGAAAUGCAUUUCCAGAAAGCACUCGAUAUCAAUCCUCAGAGCUCAGUCUUACUCUGUCACAUCGGAGUAGUCCAGCAUGCACUGAAAAAAUCUGAAAAGGCUUUGGAUACUCUAAACAAAGCCAUUAACAUUGAUCCGAAGAACCCACUAUGCAAAUUCCAUAGAGCUUCUGUAUUAUUUGCAAAUGAAAAAUAUAAGUCUGCUUUACAAGAACUUGAAGAACUGAAACAGAUUGUUCCCAAAGAGUCUCUUGUUUACUUCUUAAUAGGAAAGGUUUAUAAAAAAUUGGGUCAGACUCACCUGGCCCUUAUGAAUUUCUCGUGGGCAAUGGAUUUAGAUCCUAAAGGAGCCAACAACCAGAUCAAAGAGGCCAUUGAUAAACGUUACCUUCCAGAUGAUGAGGAACCGAUAACUCAAGAAGAGCAGAUCAGCGAAUGUUAUCCAUAUGAGUCAGUUGGCACAGAUGAAUCCCAAGAGAGCAGCAUGACGGAUGCAGAUGACACGCAACUCCAUGCAGUUGAAAGUGAUGAAUUUUAACCUCCAAAAGCCAGUAUCUGAGCUUGGGUGUGUGAUUGGUACUGUUGUGUUCUCUCCUUCCUUCACGUACUGGGUCUUCACAUCACUGAGCCAGCAUUGUCAUUAUUCUCCACUGAUACCCUGAGUGCACCACCCAUCAGAUUUUCAACAUACACCGAAUUAAUGGCAGUGCAAUGUUUAGCUGCUACUGAGACUGACUAGUUGGCUCUUAUACCUUUAUGAAAUGACUCUUUGAGGAGGAAAGACAUAUUUUUUCCAACUCCUCCUUUGUUGGAGAGCUAUCAUGGAAGAAGGACUUGUGGUUUGCUCUAAGUGAGCCAAUAGAUGUGGGAAUAGAACAAGAAACUGCUUCCUUAGUACUUUCUCCAGAAAUGUGUCUCAGUUUGAUUCUCUCUUGGUAAGCAGAGUGCUGAACUUCCAUUUCCAAGUUCUUCAAAGACAGCGUUAAGUUUAGGAUGGGACAGGUUAAAAACUUCUGCAUAUUAUAGUGUAACUUAAAUGCCAGGGAAUGUAAAUGACCUUAAAGCCACAGUGUCUCCAGUGAACAAAAUACAGUGCACAUGCUCGGGAUUCAGAGUGUGUCCAAAUAUUAUAACAUAUCCGGUGUCCCUACUUAGUGUAAACUUGUUCUUAACCAGAGGAGCACAUUGCACCAUAGCAGUUAUUACAGAACGCUUUAAUAUUCUAGCCAAGAGUUAAUUUGUUCAUCUAACUUCCAAAAUGUCAAUUGUUGUCUACUUAGUACUUCAGCGAAACAAGUCAUUAAUGUGUUGCCUCUUCUUCAGGUGCCCCUUGGAUUCGCUUCUGAUGUUCAGAGAAUAAAAAGUUUAUUGUAAGAGCAAAAUAAAGAGAGACGUGUAGAUAAAAUAGUAAUGUUGAAAGGAUAAAAGUAAUAUAAGCCACAGUGACAACUUGUUUCUAAGUAGAUAAAGAAGCCAGGAAGACAGUGUAAGCCUUAACACAAUCAAAACCUUACAGUAAGAUGCAUCAAAUAUUUGUCUAAGACAGUAUCCUUUUAAAACUAUUUUGUAAAGUAUUGUCUGAGCAGGAUGCAAAAAUGUGCAAUUAUCUUAUUUUUUUUAAUCCAUUCUUUAAGAUUCUUGGAGAAAAUUCGCACUCUAUCUGUAGGAAUUGAGUGCCCUGGAGGCUGUUUCUGUGAGAAGAAAGCGAGGCUAUAUUAAAGAAUCCAAAAUUAUCUUUCUCUGUAGCACUCUGCAACAAAGAUUGGUGCCCUUUAUGCAGUGACCGUAAAGAGAGUGUAUGAUAUGAUAACAAUUUUUUAAAGAGCAAAUUAUGCACAAUAAAUUGGGAAUGAUUCAAAUUUCACAGCAACGUAUUUGUUGUGAUCAGUCUUAAAAUUUGUUCUGUUCCUUUCCUUUUAAUGUGUAUUGUUUUUAGAAGACCUUUAGUUACCAUUAGUAGAACUUUAAUUUUUUUUUAAAUAUAUUUUUUUUUUUUUAGUUUCCUUGUCCUAGAUUAGGUACAAACAUCCUAUCACGCCUACUGUUUGGUUGUGAGAAGCAUUUUUUACCAUAAGGAGAAAAAAA